AUGGAGAAUCCCUAUGAGCAGGACCAGAUGAAUAUCCUGUCGCGGAUUGUGGCAAACAUCGACCGGCUGAACCAGAGCGUGACAACGCUUAACCAGGAGCUCGAGAACAUCAAUCGCAGGAACAAGAACCUAGAGAUAAUGGGCCAGAUGUGCGAAAACUACCAAAACAGUAUGCAAUUCAAUUUGCAAGCAACAGGGAACAGAAAACCCCCAUUGUAG